CGGCAGCGGACAUUUGUGUGGAGCACCUCGGGAGGACGGGACGUGUUCCAGUCCUCAGGUCCGACAGCAGCAACCUCUCCGGCCCGCUUACCGGGAGCAGUGGCCCCGCCGGCGGCUCCGUAGCGACCGGACGUUCAAGCUUUUUCAUUCUUCUUCCCACUCACACCAACAUUUCUCUUUUCUUUUUUAAAACCCAGAAUAUUUUUCGCUGCUGGUUUUAAUCUCAGCUUCAGGCACUACAUAUAUUUUCCCCACACGGCGCUUUUUGUGUUCUAUUCUUUUAUCCUCCACCUUCCGCUGCGACUACUAACUUUGGACCGCCGGAGACAGCCUGUCGCCAGCCAGGAGGGGGGACAGAGGAGACCCGACGCCGAGCAGAGAGCCUAUAUUUGUCCGUGUGGAAGCGGGGAGGGGAGCCGAGCUGCCGUCGCUCGGACGAAGACGGGAGGAACGCGGGAUUUAGCGUGAACGCGGGGAGGGAUCCGCACCUGGAGGAGGUCUGACGAUCUCAAAGGCGCUCGGCACAAUGGGGCUCCUAAACCUCUGAGGGCCGAGCACAAAAGCACCAGGGGGAAGAGGACGAAUAAAAGCCAAGGGAGGAGGGAAGACGAGGACAAAAGAGGAGGAGGCGGAAGAGGAGAAGGAGGGAAGAGUCUUGCCCGGCGCCAGCCAAGCAGGAGUGGGCGGAGAAGGAGAAGGAGGGAGGGAGAUUUGAAAGGAGGGAUUUGCUCUAUCUGUCGGGGGUGCAUGCUUCCCCCUCUCCCACUUAGACAUCCUCCUUUUUAUUUUUGUUUUCUGCAUCAGUGACAGGCCGACAAAAGGCAAAGAAUGCGUAAUAAACUAAGUUUGGGAUGCCUCGGGGCGAGCAGGGGCCUCGAUGUGAGACUACCCAGGACUAGAGCCUUGCUGCUGGGCUUGCUUCUCGCCGCAGCGGGCUGGCUCCCUCCGCCGGCCCACGCAGAGGUGGAGAUCAACGUGCUGGGCGAGAUGGUGUACGUGGAAGAAGGCGAGAGGGGGGGCGGAAGGAGCGAGCUGGAGGCCUCCAUGCACUCCUCCUUCAUUCAGGACUUCCAGGAAGCGACCGAAGGUAUCCGGGCGAUGGAGGAUGUCGCAGGUGAGGCCGCGGUGACUGGGCAGAACAUGGCCGCACCCACCGCCUUCCCAGACUCCUCGGCGGUGGUGGGUCGGAUCUUCCAGAUGAAGGUGCCAAACAAGAUGGAGGAUGUUUACCUGGGUGAUAUUGUCAAGAUCACAGAGAUGGGGAAGGAUUCCCUCCCUGCCUGGCUGCACUGGGACGCCAACAGCAGAAUCCUGCAGGGUCUACCACUGGAGGAGGACAAAGGGGUCCAUUACAUUUCUGUAUCCAUCUCCAGCCACACAAAAGCUUCUUCUUCUUCGGAGGUGUUUUCCAUCGAGGUACACCCUGAAGAUCAUUUGGACGCAGAUUCGGCCCAGCUGGCAUCAAACCAAGUCUCCAUUGAAGACGACGUCCAGCCGUUCAUGUGCGGCAACGAGGAACCAGUCACGGUGCUGACGGUGAUCCUCGACGCAGACUUGACCAAGAUGAGUUCAGAACAGAGGGUGGAGCUCCUGGAUAACAUGAGGAGCUUCUCUGGGGUGGGGCUCCAGCACAUGAAGAUACUCCCUGUAGUCAACAACAGACUGUUCGACAUGUCUGCAUUCAUGGCUGGGCCGGGGAAUGCAAAAAAGGUGGUGGAGAAUGGCGUUCUUUUGUCCUGGAAGCUGGGCUGCUCACUGGAGCAGAGCACAGUCCCAAAUAUCAACAGUGUCCAGGGUCCUGCAAAGGAAGGCACAAUGUCAGCCAAACUGGGCUACCCUGUGGUGGGAUGGCACAUUGCCAACAAGAAACCCCACGUCUCUAAGAGGGUGAGGCGCCAGUUAAACAACACUCCAACACCUGUUCUGGCAGUACUUCCUCCAACAACUAUAGUGGAGCCUCCGGUGAGGAUUAUCCCAACCCUCUCCUCUCCCUCUAUUGCUGCACCAACCGAAAGCUCUGCUCCGCCAGUAAGAGGCCCUGUUCCUUUACCAGGCAAGCCUACGAUCAGAAUCCGUGACCCUAUUGCCCACACCCCGACGCUGGGACCUCCUCAACCAACAAGGGUAAUGGAGACCACUAGUACCAUUCCUAUCCAGCCAACCAUGACCAGGCCUACUUACGUGGAGGCCACUGCAACACCACCCACACCUACUAGAAGACCUACCAAGAAACCUAAGAGACCCAAAACCACACCGGUGACCAGAGAGUCAAAGACCUCCACAGCCAAACCGUCCAGGCGCACCACACCAUCGCCUGCCGUCAUCCCCGAUCCAUUCAACGAGAAGCCUGUCUUGCGUAACCCCAUCGACCAGGUCAACGCGUUGGUGGGCACCUAUUUCGAGGUUAAGAUCCCAUCUGACACAUUCUUUGACAAAGAGGAUGGCACAACAGACAAGCUGCGCCUAACUCUGAGACAGAACCACAAUGAAGUGGUUGGAGAGGGCUCCUGGAUCCAGUUCAACACCACCAGCCAACUUCUCUAUGGCCUGCCUGAUGUCCAGCAUGUGGGGAAACAUGAGUACUUCAUGCAGGCAACUGAUAAAGGUGGCCUGAAUGUAAUCGAUGCUUUUGAGGUCCGUGUAAACCGCUGGCCCUUAAAUGACAAGACCCCUGUGAUCUUCACGGCCCGAUUCGACGGGGAGCCGCGGUCAAUAACAAAUGACAUCCACAAGAAGAUACUUCUGGUCAAGAAACUGGCUUAUGCACUGGGGGACCGCAACAGCAGUACAGUCAGUCUUAGAAAUAUCAGCAAAGGAUCCAUUGUGGUGGAGUGGACCAACACCAGCCUCCCGCAUCACCCAUGUCCAAAGGAGCAGCUCACAGCUAUGAGCAGGACGCUCGCCAAUGCUGACGGAAAACCCUCACCGACCUUCAGGUACUCUAUGGAGCCUGAAUUCAGACCUCUGGACGUCAUGGUCAAAGGAAGGGCAAGCUGCAGAACAUAUUCCUUCAUCCCACCAGGAGAGAUUGAUAUACCAGAACCCCCGGCAGUAACUCCAGCUCUGGGAACAGGCCGGCAGAGCACAGACGAUGUCUAUCUCCACACAGUCAUUCCCGCCGUGGUGGUGGCAGCGAUCUUGUUGAUAGCAGGUAUCAUAGCGAUGAUCUGCUACAGGAAGAAAAGAAAGGGCAAGUUGACCAUCGAGGAUCAGGCCACCUUCAUCAAAAAAGGUGUGCCAAUUAUCUUUGCCGAUGAGCUUGAUGACUCUAAGCCGCCUCCAUCUUCCAGCAUGCCCUUGAUUCUACAGGAGGAGAAGCCCCCGCUUCCACCCCCUGAGUACCCCAACAUGGCCACGCCAGAGACCACUCCCCUGAACCAGGAGUUGCUGGGGGAAUACACAGCUCUGCGUGACGAGGACCCCAACGCGCCUCCCUACCAGCCACCGCCUCCCUUCACCACUCCCAUGGAGGGCAAGGGCUCCCGUCCCAAGAACAUGACUCCCUACAGAUCUCCACCUCCCUACGUGCCACCCUAAGACUCGUUUAACCCUCCCCGCAUAGGGUGGAGGGAGAGGGUGCCUGAGGAACUGUGACGGUUUCCAUUCUGGUGUUUGUCUGUCUGGACAUUUACAGGGAGAGAUGACAAGAGGUGCUAAAGUACAAAACUACAGGGGACUUUGGUUUGGGAGGGGGAGUAAUGGGUCGGGUGGGGUUUUUCAGUAGACCGAUGGGAUGAUUGGUUGAACCAGCUGGGUGGGACUACUGUUUUAGUGGUAGCCCAGCUACUACAGUGGCCUAAGAUAAACAAAUUGUCGUCACAUUGGCUUUCGGAUCGACCAGUUGGUCAGAAGCGACGAUUGGGAGACAUGUUUUCCCUUCCCAGCAUUUCAUUUUUUUCUCCUCGGUUGAUAUAAUAUACCAGCUUUUAUUUAGUUUUUUCAUCAUUAUCCCAAGGUUAUUCUUUUGGUUUUUCCUGGACUGAACCGUUUGCCUAACAGAUCUUCUUUUGUCUUGCUUUUAAAUAAUAUGAGGAGACAGUGAACUGCCAUCAGACCACUGCAGGCAACAACUCGUGUUUUUAUUAAGGAGUGUGAGAUUCUCUGAAUAUGAGAAAAGCUCUCACGAGGAUCUUAAGUCACCCCUGCAGACGACACAAGAGAAUGGGAGGCCGAGGUGUGUGUGUGUGUGAGUGAAUGAGUGGGUGUGUUUAUUCAGAUUCAAUACGGUUUGCCUUUUAACACUAGUUGUCUGUUCCUAUCCUUAUUCACAAUGUCUAGUAAAGAUGAGAAUAACAAGGUAGCCUAAAAAAAAGAUGUAGAGAUGAAUAAUAAUUUGUUUGUUUCAUUGGUUUUAAAAUUCACUGUAUAUCUGGAAGAUGUUCUGAUAGAUUGUGUUUUUUUUUCUUUUUUGUUGGUGGUUGGAAGAAAGCGGAGAAAGAAAAGGACUGCCUUGCUAAAAUAACCUGCAGGAGCUCUUUACUCCUGUUUUGAUUUAACAAAAUGCCAAUUACAGUCCAUUAGGUGAAACCCCACCUUCCUCUCAGCUGCCAUCAGCAGAUCAAUAAAGCAACAAGAAAACUGGGUGGGGUGAGAAAACUACUGUUUUUAUUAUGAAAGAGAUUAUCUAACUAACUUGUAAAUGCAGAGUUUAGUGUGGAUUUGGAUGCAAAAUGUAUAGUUUUAUGCAGAUUUCCGUUCGUGCGAUUUUACCUCAAUUUGGCAACGGUGUUACUGGAGGUUAACAAAAGUACAGCAGAAGUGAAAUGCCAUUCUCCGUACACGUACGUGCACAGGAAAAGGACCCCUUGCGUUUAUUUUGGACCGGGGAUAAUUAUUUUUUUAUGUAACGAGGCAGGAACUUUGUGUGCCAUGGAGACUCUCCCAGAUGUUCAGAUGUUUAGAGGUUGCAGGUUGUGGCUGAGAUCGAGGCAGAGAGAACCUUGAAUUUCCAAUAAUUAGCUGACUGAAAAACGGUUAAUGAAAUUCUCCUUCUAAUUUUUUUACAAAGUUUUUGAUACAGCCUCAAAUUGUUUGAUUAUUAAAAUAAAACAUGAUUAAUGAUUAGUCUUCUGUGAUUUGUAAAAAUCUUAGCCUAGAAGUUCAGUUGAUGAUUCAGUUAUGUACACUUUCUUUUCUGUCAUGGGUCACAUAUUUCAAGUGUUUUUAUUGUGUGUGUUUGCAAAUCAAAAUGUAUCUCCCACUAUACAAAGAUGGAAUGACCGAUAUUUUAUGUAAUCACAAAUUUUAUUUUUGUGUCCAUAUGUUUGCUAAUGAGUUUCAACUGAAAGUGACCCUUUGCAAUAAUAAUGUAAGGCGCAGUCCACUCGGCGACUGGUCCAUGCAGGCUCAAGCGAGUGACUCGUAUUGUCAUAAUCUUGUUGGUUUUUUGCAGGAUGCCAAGGCUUUUUUGCUUUUCAAGUGUGCAUUGUCAUAAUAAAACCAACUGGUACGAUAACAAAAAAAAAAUCACCCUCCUUCAUUCAUGAUUAACGUAUCCUUGCUGCUUCUGUUGGGGGUUUCCCGCCUUUGGGAAAUGUUAUCCUGUCAGACUCCCCGAGCAAAAAACCUGACUGAUGUUUAUGGAUGAGGUUUUUGAUCACUGUCACUUUUCUACCGCUCCCACUUACCCUUGAAUUGAUAAAUCAAUCUGUCUGAAGUCCACGAGAGGUUUUCCCUCCCUAGACGGCUUGCUGCCUGGCAACCAUCCGUGGUCUCCGGGCUCGUCGGAACGGUUACUGAUGUCCUUUUUGUACAAAAUUAUUCUGCUAUUGAAUGACCAGUUGGACAAUUCACUUUGAAAGCUCUGCCCAUUAAAAAGGCUACUCU